AUGGAAUAUAGGUCUGGGCCUGGGCAAGGGAAAAUAGGUCAGAGCAGUCAGCCGGCCAUCAAGCGGGUCCAGGCAGGCAGUCGGCCGGCGCAGGAGAGACGAGCGAGCUCGCUGAAGAAGCUAGCGCGGCGAGAAGUGAGCGCGAGAGGAAACUGGGCGUUCAAGCGCACGAGCUCGGAGGAGAAGUUCAGGAACUUCAGCCUCCAGGGAGAAUACGACACGUUCGACGCCAAGGCGGCGCAGGUGGAGCGGCUGUCUUUUCUGAAGCGGCGAUCGCGGAUCGUGGAGAUCGUGGCGGCCAAGGAUCUGCUCUUCACGCUCGCGCACUCCGGAGCAUGCGCUGCCAUCUGCUUAGAGUCGCGGCGGCGGCUGUGCUACAUGAACGUGGGGUCGGAGGAGGUGAUUCGGAGCCUCUUCUUCAACAAGAACAACGAAUCGCUCAUCACCGUCUCCGUCUACGCGCAGGACAACUUCAGCUCGCUCAAAUGCAGAAGUACCCCGCUCGAGUACAUCCGGAGGGGGCGGCCCAGCGAGGGCUUUGCGCUGUUUGAGUCGGAGUCGCUGCGCUGGCCGGGCUUUGUGGAGUUUGAUGACGUCAACGGCAAGGUCCUCACCUACUCCGCUGAUAACGGCAUGUACAAGGUGUUUGAUCUGCGCAACUACACUCUCCUCUACAGUGUGCCCGACAGCAACAUUCAGGAAAUAAAAAUCAGUCCGGGCAUCAUGCUGCUGAUCUACAACCGCGCGGAGGGGCACGUGCCGCUCAAGAUCCUGUCGAUAGAGGACGGGGCGGUGCUGGCGUCGUUUGUGCAGCUGCUGCAGCGCGGCAAGAAGGUGGACUUCAUUGAGCAGUUCAACGAGAAGCUGCUCGUCAAGCAGGAGAACGACAACCUCCACAUCCUCGACGUGCGCACGCGGGAGGAGACGCAAGUGAGCCGCACGGAGUUCAUGACGCCCUCGGCGUUCAUCUUCCUGUACGAGAACCAGCUCUUCCUCACCUUCCGCAACCGUGCUGUCGCCGUGUGGAACUUCCGCGGGGAGAUGGUGACGGCGUUUGAGGACCACGAGCUGUGGUACCCCGACUGCAACACCAACAACAUCUACAUCACCUCCGACCAGGACCUCAUCAUCUCCUACUGCAAGCACCACCACCCCUCCCACGCCCCCCAUGGUCAGUCCACACCACCUCCCCGUGCCUGUCUCUCAUUCUAA